UGUCUAACCGCGUCCUCAUUCGCAACAUCAGCCGGCUGGCUAGUCGCCACACAAGGCGUGCUACACGCAAUCGGAUGCGGUCUACUAUUCAGUCCAACGUCGCUAUACCUCGACGAAUGGUUCAGCGCGCGGAAAGGGUUAGCGUACGGGGCGAUGUGAAGCGGGAAGAGCGGCGCGGGGGCCGGGAUGCCGUUCCUAACCAGCGCCCUGCUGAACCGGUUCGGGGUCGGGACAACGUUACGUGCCUACGCUAUCGCCUCAGCACUUCUCACCAUCCCGCCUCUAUUCCUCCUACGCGACCGACCUACCACCAGCAGCAGCAGCAGCAACAGCACAUCAUCCACGACCUCGCCUAGACCAACAGGCACUGUAUCCUUCGCCUUCGCGCGGCACCCCACCUUCUGGAUCCUCCAAUUCGGCAACGUCCUGCAAUCAAUGGGGUACCUAAUGCCCAGCACCUACCUCGCCUCCUACGCCAACGCGCUAGGCUUCCCGUCAAUAACAGGGCCCGUCUUCCUCGCCCUAAUCUCGCUCGCCUCCGUGCCAGGAUCGCUAUUAAUCGGACUCCUCAACGACACCGGGCUAGCCGCAACGACCGUGAUCCUGAUCUCAAGCGUCGGCAGCGCCCUACCCGUCUUCCUGCUAUGGGGUCUCGGCGGCCACCAAGUCGCCGUGCUCGUAGUCUUCACGCUUCUGUACGGCUUUUUCGCCGGCGGCUUCAGCUCGACGUGGUCCGGUAUCCAGCGCGAGCUGCAGAGCCGCGACGGCGCCGCGGAUACCGGCCUGAUAUUCGGCAUGCUCCUCGGUGGGAGGGGCCUUGGUUUCGUCUUGAGCGGACCUGUCGGCGGCGCCUUGCUUGAGGUUAAUUGUUUAAAAGCUCAGGACUUUUCUGGAUAUGCUACGCAGUACGGACCUAUGAUUAUCUAUACUGGAUUUACUGCUACCCUUGGUGCGUGGGGCUGGUUCUGGACUAUGGGGAAGAGGGCAAUGGCUGCGCUGUGAUGAGGACAAUAGAGUAUCACUUAUACAGGCACCUAAUAGUCAUAGGUAACAAUUACUUAAUAGAACAUAGUUUUACGAUCA